AUGCCUUGUCACAUUCUCUGUGACUGGGGUGCUCUAGUACGUGCGGAGCUGCGUCUCCCACGACCGUGGGCAGUGCGUGCAGGCGAGCGAGUCACCCUGGGCGUACCGGCUGUUGGUCUUUUCUAUUUCUUCCAGGCGCACCCGUUUAGCAUCACCUGGUGGGAGGAAAACCAGGAUGGCAAAGCAGACCGGGUGUUCCUGCUCUUUCGCGCUCGAACGGGGUUCACGCGGAAAGCUAUCAUGUGCUUAGAGCCCGACCGCGAGUAUUGGGCGUGGAUUGACGGGCCAUUCGGCCCAUCUGCAGUCUACCGGUGCGGUGCCACUCGAGACCUAGGUGAUUACGGCCAUAUCUUCAUGGUCACGACUGGGAUCGGCAUCGCCGCUCAGCUGCCAUACAUGAAGGAACUGGUGCAGAGGCGUUGA